AUGCUAGAUGACGUAUUAAGCUAUCUAAAGCGUCGUAAGAUAUCUAAUUCAUCGUCUACUGUUGUUCAAUCCCCUAUUGGGUUAAGUCAAAAUCAAAAUCAAACCCAAAAUCAAAAUCAAAACUUAUCUUUAAGAAAAAUCAGUUGUACCGAGUCUAAUCCGGUUGUUUGUACGCAAACAGUGCUUCCUACGGUUCAGUCUAGACUUCUGGCGGUAAAACAGGAGCAUACUGAGCAGUCAGUAGUUGAUUUACAUACGAUUCGUAAAUCUGAUCAGUUGAAGUGCCCGGGACUAGUCAUUGCUUAUAUUAAGGUACCUUUACAAGAUCAUUUGGCCGAUCAAGUGGUUUUAGCCGAUCAAACAGAUGAGUUAGUCUGUUCUGUACAUCCGAGUGUACAAGAAGUACACCAGCUUGAGAAGGAUACUAUCUUAGUUCUGGACUCACCGGCGGUCUGGCGACUCUCCCAUGCCAAGCACACCCCCGUGCUUAACCUUACCCUCAAGAACAUACAGCAAGUAGUACCAUACUAA